CCCCUCCCCACCUCCACCAUGGCCGCCAGCAGGAACACCAUCGCCCGGCUCAUGAAUGCAGCCCAGCACUCCAUGUGCCCCUGCCACAGCUGCGCAUCCUCAGCAGCGCACACCCACGGGCAUGCCAUGAGCGCAUUGACCCAGAUGCGCAAGUAUGCAACCCCGGUCGACCAUCCCCAGAAAGAGUAUGCGUUCGAAGUCGCCGCUUCCAACUUGCGCUUCGGAGAUGGUGCGACGCGUGAGGUCGGCAUGGACUUCAAGAAUAUGAACGCGCGGAAAGUGGGCGUGUUCACAGACCCAAACCUCGCCAAGCUGCGACCGAUGCAGACAGUCAUUCAGUCCCUCGAAUCUCAAGAUGACCUGCCUUUCGAAGUGUACGACAAAGUCGUCGCGGAGCCAACCGAGGCCAGCUGGCGCGAGGCGAUUGACUGGGCGCGAAAGCAUGACUUCAGUCAUUUCCUAGCUGUCGGUGGUGGAAGCGUCAUCGAUACCGCAAAGGCCGCGAACCUAUUUACCGUGUACAAGGACGCGGAUCUCUUCGACUUCAUUAACGCUCCAGUCGGCAAGGGCUUGCCGGUGACGCAAGCUCUCAGGCCGCUCAUAGCGGUGCCCACCACUGCCGGUACCGGGUCCGAAACCACUGGUACAGCUAUACUUGACAUCACUUCGAUGUCGUUCAAGACCGGCAUUGCGAACCGAGCCCUCAAGCCUACGUUAGGCAUAGUGGACACGUACAACACUGAGAGCUGUUCCCGGGAAUUGCACAUCAGUGCCGGUCUCGAUGUCUUGUUCCAUAGUAUGGAAAGCUGGACCGCGAUUCCUUACACCGAGCGUUCGCCACGACCGGAGAACCCGAAGCUUCGUCCGGCCUAUCAGGGCAGUAAUCCGGUAGCAGACGUAUUUUCGCUCUGGGCACUGAGAACCACUGUCGAGAAUCUCCCUCGCGUCGCGAGGAACCCGGAAGAUAAAGAGGCACGACGCCAGAUGCUACUCGCCUCUUCGUUUGCUGGCAUCGGCUUCGGAACUGCGGGUGUCCACCUUUGUCAUGGAAUGAGCUACCCAAUUUCAGGGCUUAACAAACAGGGACCGAAGUACAAACAUCCUGGAUAUCAAGUCCCUCACCCAAUUAUUCCGCACGGUGUUUCCGUGGCGCUGACGGGUCCGGCCGUCUUCUCGUACAUCGCCCCCUCUUCGCCCGACCGUCACCGCGAAGCGCUCGCCAUCUUCCUGGGUACGUCCGUCACGGACCCUUCUGUCCUCCGUAUCCCGGACGGAGAGAUUGGUAGCCACCUCUACGAGGCCAUUGCACGAUUCCUGGAUGGGCUGAAUGUGCCGAGAGGCUUGAAAGCGGUAGGUUACACGAACGCGGACGUGGACAGGUUGGUAGAUGGAACGAUACCGCAGCGCAGGGUGUUGGACUUGGCUCCGGGAGUAGGAGAUGUCGCUGGCGAGGACGGGAGGGAGGCCCUGACGAAGAUAAUCCAGGCGUCUAUGGAAUAUUAGGAAUCCGGCCGCCAGAACGCAAUGUACCAUAUCUUGUCAGUCGAACUGCUUCCGCCCCCCGCGCCCGAUGAAAUGCUCGUAUAGGUGCAUCGUGUUACAGUCAUAGUGCAGAUUGUGCCUCAUCCCAGUACCUCCGAGCCUCUGCGUCCGUGAAAGGUGGCUGGAAGUAACGACACCGCGUACGGAAAGCUUCAAUCGCUCGUUUUCGUACUAAAGCGUCGACGUAACGUUCAUUACGAACCUGCCUUGCCUUCACUUCCUCAGCAUAUACAGCUCCUUGCAACUUUCUUUGCAAAGCAGGAUCGCUCGUUUCGGAUAUUAUCUGCUUCUUCUCGUCCAUGGAUUGGUCAACAACGCCGACACAGUACUCGAUUAUCUUGCUCCGUCGUUGCCAGUUCUCGACAAGCUCCUUCCAGAAGUACGCGCAUGCCUGGUCCUGCACGUCGCCCUUGGCCAAGGUCCCCAAACGAUCUCGAUCUCGAAAUUGAGCCUGGGUCCGAUUGAGCCGCAUCGUAACAGUGUCAUCUAGGCGCCGGUAUUCCUUGAGUAGCUCUUUGAACGAUGACAGGUCGCCGCAUAGUGAGGGCGAGAUGCGCACAAUCUGAGGUGUGGUUGCAGGACUUUGUAUAGACAAGCUCGCGAGCUCAGACUUUGCAGGCAUCGAGCAAUUGUGUAGGUCGG